ACAGACCUGAGAAAGCACUCAGCUCAACACUAUAACACACAGCCUUAGCACAGCUGACAGCACAAUCUCACACACACAUACGCACAUACACAUACACACACUGACACACACACACACAUAAACAGACAGAGACACAGAGCGAGCGAGAGCGAGAGAGAGAGAGACAGAUAGACUGAGAGAGAAGGGGAAGAGACACACACAGAAGAGAAGACUGACAACACAACACAACACAGGAAGUAGAGAAGACGUGGAGAGCUGGAGAGCCUUCUCUGAACAAGGGCAAGACACCAAGGACCAGAGGGAACCCCUCUAUCAGAAAUCACUGUUGUCAUUUUUUGUCACCGUGUGGCCCACUCGGUGUGGGAAAAACAAGCGUGGAGCUCCUUGUUUUUGUGACUCAAUCCUUGCCUCACGACUGACUGCCAGGACCACCCACAUCUGUGCUUUGAUUUUUUUUCUCCUCCAUUUCUUUCCUUUUCCCCCAAUCACCAUCCCCGAAGCAACAGAGCACCAUCAAGCACGAAAAAAAGAGAAAUGACAAAGUGAAGGGAAAGAAAGGAAACGGGGAAAAGAGCGGUCAAUGCCACGCAUCGUUUCGCGUCCUCCUUCUCGUGUUGUUGUGCUUCCUCUGGGAGAACAGCCCGCGUGUUGAUGUGUCUUCGUGGGGAGGGGGAGAGAGAACGAGAGGAGGAGGAGGAGGGGCGAGAGAUUCGAGAUUCGGAUUGAGAUGUGGCCAUGUUGACACCAGCAGCAAGCCCUCCUAAUAAUGAGUGACUCAUCCGUGUGAAUGUUUCAACGGAGGAGACGAGGAGGAGUGGAGAGGGACUAGAGAGAGAGAGAGAGAGAGAGAGAGAGAGAGAGAGAGAGAGAGAGAGAGAGAGAGAGAGAGACUACAGAGAGACUACAGAGAGACUACAGAGAGAGCGGGAGCAAGAGAGCAAGCAAGAGUGAAGUGCCUUGCAUGCCCAGCGAAGCCCCCCCACUCCCCAUCGGUGAGACGCACCUGUACCCAGAAUUCAACCCAGAGUUAACCCCACGGAUACAGUCAACACCUGUAAACUGACUUAAACUGUAAACCCACAAGCCUCCAUACAGAUACAGAUAUCAUACAAACGCCCUCCCCACCCCCUCCAGUGUUUGAACUUGGCACUUGUGGAAGGCAUCUGUGUUUACUGAGCGAGGACAGAGAAGGGGACCCCCCCCCCCCACUCGUACCUCAUCAUACCUUUUUUGGGACUCUUGGUUUUGCUGUGACCCCCCCCCCGGACCCCGAACCCUCAGGACCCCCUACCGGGUCAGUGGACCAAGAGGCUCCUGUUUCAUGUACCCAGUCCAUUGGUGUACUGGAUGCGUGUGUGGCCCGGGUCUGCAGAUCGUUGACCCCCAGUGCAAGAUGAGCUCGGAGGAGAUCUACCACCUGCCCCUCAACGUCUACGUCAUCAUCCUGGGCAUCGGCCUCUUCAUCUUCCUGCUCAGCAUGAUCUUCUGCUGCUACCUGUUCAGGUGGGAAACCCCCAUCUGGGCCAGCUGUACCAGGACCAGGUUGAGACGGCAAGGGACGAGAGAACAGUACGGCUAUAAUGAGGUGGUGCUUAAGGGAGCAAGCAAGAAACUCAGCCUUCUUGGACAGACCUGUGCAGUGUGCCUGGAGGAGUUCAGAAGUCGCGAUGAGCUGGGAGUGUGUCCCUGCUCUCAUGCUUUUCACAAAAAGUGUUUGGUGAAGUGGUUGGAGAUCCGCAGCGUCUGCCCCAUGUGUAACAAGCCCAUCUGUCGACUCCAGCCCGACCCCCCUCAAGCCGCAGAGGGCCCCCCCGGCCUCCUGGAGGUGUGAUGGAGAGACACAGGAAAACCGACAGAGAGAGAGACAGAGAGAGAGAGAGAGAGCCCCCCCACCUCGAUGCUGCCCCAUGCAGGGGGCUACAGAACCCCCCAGGCAACAACACACAGCCAGCUUCAAGUGUCCUCUUUCGAAAAGAGAAAAGGAGAGAGAGAGAGAGAGAGAGAGAGAGAGAGAGAGAGAUAGAGAGAGGGAGAGAGAUGGAGAGGAGAGAAUAACACAACACUUGACUGAGAGAUAAUAUACAGGAAUACAGUAGUGCUCUCUCCUUAUCUGAUCACCCCCCCCACCCCCUCUGACCUCUACAGUCUCCUACACACACACAUGCACGCAC